AUCUGCCCCCGGGGACCCGGCUUCUCCAACCGCGGGGACAUCCUCACCGGGAGGCCCUUCUACAAAGACGUGAACGAGUGCAAGGUGUUCCAGGGUCUGUGUACUCACGGAAGCUGCCGGAACACCAUCGGCAGCUUCAAGUGCCGCUGCAGCGGUGGCUUCGCCCUCACCCCCGAGGAGAGGAACUGCACAGAUAUCGACGAGUGCCGGAUCUCCCCGGACCUGUGUGGCCACGGCGCCUGCGUCAACACGCCGGGCAGCUUCGAGUGCGAGUGCUUCGACGGCUACGAGAGCGGCUUCAUGAUGAUGAAGAACUGCAUGGACAUUGAUGAGUGCGAGAGGAAUCCCCUGCUGUGCCGGGGAGGAACUUGUCUGAACAACGAGGGGAGUUACGAUUGUGAGUGUCCCCCUGGACACUCACUCAGCACGGAUGGUUCCGUCUGUGAAGAUGUCAACGAGUGCCAGCUGAGUGAGAACCUGUGCAGGAACGGCCACUGUGUCAACAUGGUGGGAACCUACCAGUGCUCCUGCGACACCGGGUACCAGGCCACGCCUGACCGACAGGGCUGCGUCGACAUCGACGAGUGCACCAUCAUGAACGGAGGCUGCGACACCCACUGCACCAACUCCGAGGGGAGCUACGAGUGCAGCUGCAGCGAAGGCUACGCCCUCAUGCCCGACCUUCGAACCUGCGCAGACAUCGACGAGUGCGAGGAGAACCCGGACAUCUGUGACGGAGGCCAGUGCACCAACAUCCCGGGGGAGUACCGCUGCCUCUGCUAUGACGGCUUCAUGGCCUCCAUGGACAUGAGGACCUGUAUCGAUGUGAACGAGUGUGACCUCAACCCAAACAUCUGUCUCCAUGGCGACUGCGAGAACACCAAGGGCUCCUUCAUCUGCCACUGUCAGCUGGGGUACUUUGUCAAGAAGGGAUCGACAGGCUGUACAGACAUCGACGAGUGCGAGAUCGGAGCGCAUAACUGCGACAUGAACGCGGCCUGCGUCAACUCCCCCGGGAGCUUCAAGUGUCGCUGCAGAGACGGUUGGCUGGGAGACGGCAUCAAGUGUGUGGACCACGAUGAGUGCUCUGCAGAAGAACACAACUGUAACCCCAACGCGGACUGCAACAACACACCUGGAUCCUACCGCUGUACCUGCAAGGAGGGCUUCAACGGAGACGGCUUCUCCUGCUCUGACAUGGACGAAUGUGCGGACAACGUGAACCUGUGUGAGAACGGCCAGUGUCUGAACGCGCCGGGUGGCUACCGCUGCGAGUGUGAGAUGGGCUUCACUCCAACUGAGGACAGCAAGGCCUGCCAGGACAUUGACGAGUGUAACUUCCAGAACAUCUGCGUGUUCGGACAGUGCCAGAACAUUCCGGGCAUGUUCCGCUGUGUGUGUGACGACGGCUACGAGCUGGACCGCAGUGGCGGUAAUUGUACUGACAUCAAUGAGUGCGCACACCCGGUGAACUGCAUCAACGGUCUUUGCGUCAACACCCCCGGGAGCUACCUGUGUAACUGUCCGACCGACUUUGAGCUGAACCCCACCGGAGUGGGUUGUGUGGACACGCGCAUGGGCAACUGCUUCCUGGACACGCUGGGCCGUGGAGACGGAGGCAUCUCCUGCAGCGCCGAGAUCGGCGUGGGCGUGACCCGAGCUUCCUGCUGCUGCUCCCUGGGAGGGGCCUGGGGAAACCCCUGUGAAAUGUGCCCCGCCCCCAACUCCACGGAGUACAAGACCCUAUGUCCGGGAGGAGAGGGAUUCAGACCCAACCCCAUCACAGUCAUCCUGGAAGACAUCGAUGAGUGCCAGGAGCUGCCGGGCCUGUGCCAGGGAGGGAACUGCGUCAACACCUUCGGCAGCUUCCAGUGCGAGUGUCCGGCGGGCUACUACCUCAACGAAGAGACCCGCAUCUGUGAAGAUAUCGACGAGUGUACCGCUCAUGUCGGGAUCUGCGGCCCGGGGACGUGCUACAACACCCUGGGCAACUACACCUGCGUGUGCCCCCCCGAGUACAUGCAGGUCAACGGAGGAAACAACUGCAUGGACAUGAGGAAGAGCGUGUGCUACCGUAACUUCAACGACACCUGUGAGUACGAGCUGACCUUCAACAUGACCAAGAAGAUGUGCUGCUGUGCCUACAACGUGGGCAAGGCCUGGAACAAGCCCUGUGAAGCCUGCCCCACGCCCGCCACAUCUGAGUACCAGCUACUCUGCGGUAACCAGGCUCCGGGCUUCAUCAUCGACAUCCACACCGGGAAACCCAUCGAUAUCGACGAGUGCCGGGAGAUCCCGGGGAUCUGCGCCCACGGCGUGUGUAUCAACCAGAUCGGGAGCUUCCGCUGCGAGUGCCCCAUGGGCUUCAGCUACAACAACAACAUGCUCAUCUGCGAAGAUAUCGACGAGUGCAACAGCGGGGACAACCUGUGCCAGCGCAACGCUAACUGCAUCAACAUUCCCGGCAGCUACCGCUGCGAGUGCUCGCCGGGCUUCAAGCUCUCCCCGAGCGGAGCGUGCGUGGACCGUAAUGAGUGCCUAGAGAUCCCCAAUGUGUGCAGCCACGGGGAGUGUAUUGACACCCAGGGGAGCUACCGCUGUGUCUGCCACAACGGCUUCAGGGCCACCGCGGACCAGACCAUGUGCAUGGACAUCGAUGAGUGUGACAGACAGCCGUGUGGUAACGGCACCUGUAAGAACACCGUUGGCUCCUACAACUGUCUGUGCUUCCUGGGCUUCGAGCUGACGCACAACAACGACUGCAUGGACGUGGAUGAGUGCAGCACGCUGCAGGGGCAGGUGUGCAGGAACGGCCGCUGCAUCAACGGCCUGGGCUCCUUCCAGUGCCUCUGCCAGGAGGGCUACGAGCACACGCCGGACGGGAAGAACUGCCUGGACAUCAACGAGUGUUCGAGCCUGCCUGGUACCUGCUCGCCCGGAACCUGCCAGAACCUGGACGGGUCCUUCCGCUGCAUCUGCCCACCUGGAUAUGAGGUGCAGAACGACCAGUGUAUAGACAUCAACGAGUGUGAGGUGGAGUCCAACAUCUGCCAGUUCGGGACGUGCACCAACACCCCCGGAAGCUUCCAGUGUAUCUGCCUGACGGGCUUCGUGCUGUCGGACAACGGCCGGCGCUGCUUCGACACCAGGGAGAGCUUCUGCUUCACUAAGUUCGAGUCGGGGAAGUGCUCCGUGCCCAAGGCCUUCAACACCACCAAGGCCAAGUGCUGCUGCAGCAAGAUGCCCGGCGAGGGCUGGGGGCUGCCCUGUGAGCUGUGCCCCCGCGAGUCGGAGGUUGCCUUCGACAGUCUGUGUCCCUACGGCCACGGAGCUCUGCCUGGGCUGGGAGACGCUCGAGAAGAUAUGAACGAGUGUCUGGACAACCCCGGCAUCUGCCAGAACGGCAUCUGCAUCAACACGGACGGCUCGUUCCGCUGUGAAUGCCCCUUCGGUUACAACCUGGACUACACUGGAGUCAACUGUAUCGACACUGACGAGUGCUCCAUCGGCAAUCCCUGUGGGAAUGGAACCUGCACCAACGUGGUGGGAGGCUUCGAGUGCUCCUGUCAGGAGGGUUUCGAACCCGGGCCCAUGAUGACCUGCGAGGACAUCAACGAGUGUUCCCAGAAUCCCUUGCUGUGCGCUUUCCGCUGCGUCAACACCUUCGGCUCCUACGAGUGCAUGUGUCCUACGGGAUAUGUGCUGCGGGACGACCAUCGCAUGUGUAGAGACCAGGACGAGUGUGCGGAGGGCAUGGACGACUGCGAAUCCAAGGGGAUGUUCUGCAAGAACCUGAUCGGGACCUUCAUGUGCAUCUGCCCGCCGGGCAUGCAGCGCAGGCCCGACGGGGAGGGCUGCAUGGAUCUGAACGAGUGCCGCGCCAAGCCCGGCAUCUGUAAGAACGGACGCUGCGUCAACGCCGUCGGGAGCUACAAGUGCACCUGCAACGACGGCUUUGAGCCCAGCUCCACCGGGACGGAGUGCAUCGACAACCGCCAGGGCUACUGCUUCGUGGAGGUCCUGCAGACCAUGUGCCAGCAGUCGUCCACCAACAGGAACAGCGUGACCAAGUCCGAGUGCUGCUGUAACGUGGGCCGCGGCUGGGGCCCCCAGUGCGAGCUCUGCCCCCUGCCUGGGACCGUCCAGUACAAGAGGAUGUGCCCGCUGGGACCCGGAUACACCACCGACGGCCGGGACAUCAACGAGUGCCUGGUGAUGCCAGACCUUUGCAAAAACGGCCAGUGCAUCAACACGAUCGGGUCCUUCCGAUGCCACUGCAACGUGGGCUACAAGACCGACUACACUGGAACAGCUUGUGUCGAUACCGACGAGUGUGCCCAGUCUCCCAAGCCGUGUAACUUCCUGUGUAAGAACACAGAGGGCAGCUACCUCUGCUCCUGCCCCAGGGGAUACACCAUGCAGCCAGACGGAAAGACCUGCAAAGAUCUGGACGAGUGCUCCACCAAGCAACACAACUGCCAGUUCCUGUGUGUGAACACCAUCGGGGGCUUCACUUGCAAGUGCCCCCCCGGCUUCACUCAGCACCAGACGGCCUGCAUCGACAACAACGAGUGCAACGGGCAGAGCACUGCGUGUGGGACCCGGGCGUCCUGCAUCAACACUCCCGGGAGCUUCAACUGUGAAUGCACCAAGGGCUUCUCUCUGGACACCGCAGGGACGGAGUGUGAAGAUGUGGACGAGUGCGGCAGUAACCACCGUUGCCAGCACGGCUGUCAGAACAUGCUGGGGGGCUUCCGCUGUGGCUGCCCCCAGGGAUAUGUUCAGCACUAUCAGUGGAACCAGUGCGUCGAUGAGAACGAGUGCCAGGGAGGGUCCGUGUGCGGAGGAGCCUCGUGCUACAACACGCUGGGCAGCUUCAAGUGCGUGUGUCCGUCGGGCUUCGACUUUGAGCAGGGGGCGGGCGGCUGCCAGGACGUGAACGAGUGCUCCAUGGGGGGCAACCCCUGCAGCUACGGCUGCUCCAACACCGACGGAGGCUACCUGUGCGGCUGUCCUGGAGGAUACUACCGGGCCGGACAGGGUCAUUGCAUCACCGGGCCAGGGUUCCAGGGUCAGUUCGCUGGGGAAGGGGAGGAGGACGAGAGCCUGUCCACCGAGGGCUGCUACGAGUGCAAGAUCAACGGAGGAGGAGGAGGAAAGAGCGAGAGGCACAGGCGCAACGCUGAAGACAACAAGCUGGGACAGGAGCCGCAUGUGAGCAUGGCCAGCGUGGACACCCAGGCCUCCAUCCCCAUCAACCUCACCCUGGCCUCGCUGCUCAACAAGGAGCCCCUGAUGGAGCUGCUGCCCGCGCUGCAGCCGCUGGAGCACCACGUGCGCUACGUCAUCUCCCACGGCAACGCCGAGGAGCACUUCCGCCUGACGGAGCGCCGCGACGGCAAGAGCGUGCUGCGGCUGGGUCGGCGGCCGCCGCCCGCCGGCUCGUACCGGCUGGAGAUCGCCAGCCGGCGCCUCUUCGGGCCCCGCCGGCUGCGGCAGCUGGAGAGCCAGCACGACAGCGACUACCUGCUCGGGGAGAUCGGCGACGCCCUGCGCAUCAAGCUCCACAUCCACCUGCACUGAGUCCCCGACGGGUGCGCUUGGACUGAACCCUGAU